UCUCUCAAGUCCUUUUUUCUUCUGGGAAAUCACCUGAAGUUUGUUUUUUUUUUUUUUAAAAAAAAAUAAAAAUUUUUGAGCCUCGAUUCUUGAUGGCCUAGCCUAGCCCUCUGUUCACUUUGCUUCCUACAUUCUUCUGUGAUUGUUUGAAAGUUUGGAGCUUUUGAAAUGGAUGGUUUGGUUGAGGGGAACAAGAAAAGAAAUGGGUCGUGUCCGUGCGAGUCGCUCAGUGAGUCCAGCUCGAGAGUGUCGAUCUCCGACGCUUCGUCGGAGAGCUGUUCUUCUCCGGCACCGUUAGUCUGGCCCGUUCCGGUGACAACUGGCAUCAAGAAAUUAUGUGAAGCUGAAAAAGAGAGAAAAUCCCAGGAAGUUGAUGAAGGGGAAGGUGAUUUGAGGAAGCUGGACUCGAAAAUUUCAGAAUUUGAUAUGAUGCAAGAGAGAUUUGCAAAAUUGCUGCUUGGAGAAGAUAUGUCUGGUGGGGGCAAAGGGGUUUCAACAGCACUAGCCAUUUCAAAUGCCAUUACUAAUCUUUGUGCGACGGUUUUUGGGCAAUUGUGGAGGUUGGAGCCAUUGCAUCCCGAAAAGAAAUCGUUGUGGCAAAGAGAGAUGGACUGGCUUGUUGCUGUUAGUGAUCACAUUGUUGAAUUAAUACCUUCUUGGCAAACAUUCCCUGAUGGAAGCAGGCUAGAGGUGAUGACUAGCAGACCGCGACCAGAUCUGUUUAUUAACCUUCCAGCUCUUAGGAAACUCGACCACAUGCUUACUGAAAUCUUAGAUAGUUUUACAGACACCGAGUUCUGGUAUGUGGAUCAAGGUGUGGUUGAAACUGAGAGUGAUGGUUCGGGCUCUUUCCGUAAGGCCAUCCAGCGACAAGAAGACAAGUGGUGGCUGCCUGUCCCGAGGGUCCCCCCUAGCGGUCUCGUUGAGGGCACGAGGAAGAAGUUAAACCAGAAGCGCGAAUGCGCCAGCCAGAUUCUAAAAGCCGCUAUGUCCAUCAACAGCAUUGCUAUAGCUGAGAUGGAUGUUCCAAUCUCUUACUUGGAAGCUCUCCCAAAGAGCGGGAGAGCCUGUCUGGGAGAUGUCGUUUAUCGCUAUAUCACAUCAGACCAUUUCUCCUCGGGGUGCCUGCUCGAUUGUAUUGACCUGUCUUCCGAGCACCUUGCUCUCGAGAUGGCAAAUCGCGUGGAAGCUGCAAUCUACAUUUGGCGUAGACGACACAAUCCCAGACGACCGUCAAUCCAUUCAAGCCGUUCGACAGCAAAAGCUUCUUGGAAUAUGGUUAAAGAUCUGGUUGUUGAUGGAGACAAGAGGGAUUUGCAGCUUGCAGAGAGAGCUGAGAAUCUUCUUCUUUGCUUGAAGCAAAGAUUCCCUGGCCUGGCCCAAAGCUCCCUGGAUUCCUGCAAGAUUCAGUGCAAUAAGGAUGUGGGGAAAUCUAUCCUUGAGAGCUACUCGAGGGUCCUAGAGAGCCUCGCUUUCAACAUCGUGGCGCGCAUAGAUGAUCUCCUAUACGUCGAUGACAUAACGAGGCAAUCUCAAUCCGACGACGAUGCACUUUCAUCAUCUGUUCCUGCAGAAAUUUGCCCUAGAAAAGUUCCAAUCCCCUAUCCCUCAGUGCCUCUCUCCCCAGCCUUUGCUACUCCAACCUUUUGUCCCGCGCCCCCCCUGGUAAGCCCCGCGAGGACUUCAUUCAUCAGCAACAAGCUGCAUGGGCGCGGUUUUGGUGUCAAACGAGCCCUGUCGAACUAUCUAGGUGGUGAAGCAAAGGCAAAGAACUCUGCAAAGGCCCCGGGAGCUUCCUCGCCUCCUGUUUCCAAUCAAAGUUCACAACCAUUAUCGUCGAAAACUUUCUUGGCGGGUGCAGAUCAGCAGCACAAGGAGCAGCGUUCGAUCUUGCAGCCACUUAACCGUUGAGCCAUGCCAUUGCAGUUUGCAGAAGAGUUUAUAGAGAGAUAAACAAGAUGUAUGCCUUGUAAACUUCUUAUAUAUACAGCUUGUAUUUCAGUA